UCACUUAGAAUCAUAAGCCAACAAUUAAGGCAACAACCAUUCCCCACUCACUCCCUUCAUUCCCUUGUCUCUCCUUCUCCCUUAAAUUAACACCAAUUUUCUUCGUCUCAUCUCACCAAAGGCCUCAAACGCUUGAGAAUUGAAGAAUAUAUCUUACCAGACAGCUUGUAAAGAUAUAAGAGCUGCAUAGGACCUCUCUAUUUGACUAACACAGUCAUAAGAGAAAAGACCCUCAUUCAAAAAAUAGUAUAUAUAAGUUGCAUAGAGCAUCCACAGUAGACAUGCAGAUUCUUCAACGGCUCACUAAAGGGGUACAUGAACAAGACAGAGAGAUCUGGACCUUUAGUCCUUCCACCAAUACAGUUACCAGAGAUAUAAACAUACCUAAGCAUCACAGAACAAGGAGAAUAGUAUGGAGCAAACUUCGAUUAAAGAAGUUGAAGCUGUUUACAUUCAUGUGCGGAUCAAAAGACAUUCCAAAGGCCUGCAUUUGCAGGACCCCCGACUUAUACGGAUUAGGAAACUUGAGAAAUACUAAAAGGACAGAUUCUGCUGCUGCUAAUGUAGGAAAGAAGGUUUUGCCCGUAACUGAAGCAUCAUUCUCUAGAACAACAGAAAGAAAUGAGUUUGUCACAGCAGAAGCUAAGGAUCAAGUUAAAGAGGAUAAAAAGAAAGCAAUUUCAAGAAUGAAAGAGCUACUUGGUCUGGUUUCUGCUGCCAAAAAAGAUAAAAGAGGAAAAUUCAAUGAACAAAAGUUUCAAAGACAAGGAAACAUAAGGGCAACUCCAGAAGAUUAUCAACUUUGCAGUGAGUCACCCAAGAUCGAAUUCACAUGGGAUGAGGAAAUUCAGUCCAUUACUUCUUCUGUCUACUCAGUUAUCUCAUCAAUAGCUUCUUUGUCUAAGAGUGGACAAGCCCAGAUUGCACACUCGCCAAUUCAUAUCUCUUGUAGGAAAGAAAACUGGAUCACAACAGACUCUGAAUUUGUGGUGUUGGAACUAAAGACGUGUGUCUAAGGAAGUUGGCACUGUAUCAUUUCAUGGAUGGUGAAUCGUGUAGCAGACAGUCCAGUUCACUAGUUAAUGCUCAAUGGGUUUUGUGCAUACAUUUUGUAUUGCAGAGACGGGACAGCUAGAGAAAUAAAUGUAUAGAAUUAGAUCAUGGCCAGGCUUAUUUUCUCUUGUGUGCAUUCUCUUUUUAGUUUAUACAUAGAUGACAAUUGAGAUCUAUCUAGGACCUUAUUUAAAUUACCAAUUACUCCAUACCAUAUGUAACUUAUAGGGGCAAUGCCUCAUGUAAAAUCUCUUGUAAUCCUUCAAAAGUCCAUAACCGAUGCUUUUCCCUAA